AUGUACCCGACCCUGGGCAUGAACGCUUUGGGGAUGUACGGGAUAUGCUACCUUUGGUUCGUCUGCAUCCGGAGGCUCAAGUCCGUCCGCAAGCAGUUCAACGAGUACCAGACGAUGAAGCGCACGCUUCUCUACUUGACUUUGGCCCUCCUGAGCUACGCCCUCGUGGUUGUCGUGCUGCUCGCGGGCCAGCACGUGACCGUCAGGAGGGUCGCCAUUCUAUACCCCGUCAUCACAACGUACAUCCUGCUGUGGGGAUCCAUUCGCGAACCGUUCAUGAAGAAGAUUCUGGGAGAUGACGAGUACCUCUGGUCCUACACCAAGGGGUUCUCCGAGCUGCCGUCGCCGGCCCAGCUGAAGGCCAGCCUGGCGGAACAGCUUUCCGUGGAACAACUGCGGGACGAGUUCCGGCAGUACAUCAAGACCAAGGUGGCCCAGGAACUGAUAGACUUUUACCUGGACUCGCUAGACCGGGAAGAGGUAAUGGGUUUCUUCGAGAGACAGGCGGCGACCAUGCGUAUCGUGGAACGCUACAUUCGAGAGGACGCUCCUGAUCAGGUGAACAUCUCGGAAGAAUGCCGAGAGAAGAUUCUCGCGACGGACGUGACCGCGUACGACAUCUUUGACGAGGCUAGGGCGGAGGUCUUAGUGGUCAUGGAGACCAACUUCCAGAGGGAGUUCGUGACGACGGAGGGGUUCCGACGAAUCGCGGACGCCAGCGAGGUGGAGCACCGGGAGAUUCGCCUCCUCCGGGCCGGGGGGAUGCUGCCUUCCGCGUCGCCCAGCCCGGCGUCCCCGCUGUCCCCGGUGUCCCCCCUGCACCCGUCGCGCCUCCUGAGCGCGCUCAGGAGCCUUCCCCUGGUGAGGAGGCUGCGUUCGACCGCGCCUUCGUCGACGGCAGCGGCGGCGGAGGCGGCGGCGGCGGAAUACGGUGCCGCCGUGGUGCGUGAUACUGCGGCGGAUGGCGACGGCGGUGGUGGUGCUAGUACGGCUCGGUCUUCCCGCGUUGGCGUCGGCGGCGGAAACCUUGCAGGAGAAAAGCCCCCCCGUCGUUCUGGCGACGAUGCUGCGACGGGUUCUAAGUCAACCUCGCUCUUGGCCGUCCUCGAGAUGGGCGUGGUGGAGGAGGAGGAGGAGGAGGGGGAGGAGGAGGAGGAGGAGGAGCAGGCGUUUAACAACGAACUCCGAGACGGUUUCAUGACGCCCACCUACAGCGACGUCGGCGGCGCGCGCGGCGAUGGUCUCGGCCGUGCGGCCAUUUCGACGCCGUCACGGGGCGGCGGGUACACCACGGACGGGGGGGACGGACCCGACCCUCUGGGCGGUUUCGGCACUCCCGUGAACGAAGAUGAGGACGGAUUUCGGACGCCUGUGUCCCGGCACAGCCGAAUGUUGUAGGAGUGAAUGAGUUAGUGAUUCAAGAGGAAGACCCGGCUCACCGAGGAGCGAAACCGUUUGUGUUUGUUGUUUUGUAAUGUGGAGGAGGGAAAUGGCAACGACGAGGACGAUAGCGGCAGCGGCAACAUGGCGAUGUUUUUCCCGUCUGUUUCUGCUUCGGCGGCAACAUGAUGUUUUUUUUUUCAUUUUGCCUGAGCGUACGCUUGACCACCUUUGGUAGCGUGCGCUUGCUCUUCGAGCGCAGACGCCGUAGAACGACCCCAGUCCGCGACUGCUUGUAGAUACACUUUUCGGUUUCACUAUUAUAAUAGGUAUGUGUUGUUUAGAGGAAAAUGAGACAGGUGCGAAUUAAGCAGAGCGCCCGUGUUGAUCUGGGCGCGGAGGGGAGGUUCGAGAGCCGGGCAGUCUGGAGUGGAUUGGAGCGAUGGGGCACCAACAUCGAUUGCACGGAGCCCCCCCCCAUUUUUUUGUUGUUUAUCGAGGGCGCCCGAGAGGACGGACGCAUUCUCGUUUGGCCAGAGGUGAUUGAGGUGUGGG